AUGUGUGAGCAGGCAGCGCGCUACUGUAGGGACGGAGUCCACAAACUGCUUAACAAAGAACAAGCCAAACUUCGUGCCCAGGAAAGCCGCGAGCAGCCGAAACCCGUAGCCGGCCAGGACAGCGAGUCCGCGACGGCAGCGCAGUCCGGAAACAGCGGAGCCCAGCCCGGUGGAAUCGACGGGCUCGUCCGCUGGAUCGUCACCAAAAUGAGCGACAACAAGAACAUCGCCAGCCGGGAGUACGCCUCCAGCAAGGAGGAGGUGGCCGUGGCUCAAGAGCAGUUCUUCGCCCCGGAACCACGGAGAGGCAUCUCCGUUAUUCUGGAUAUAUUCAGAAGAGCCGACAAAGAUGAUGAUGGUAAGCUGUCUCUGGAUGAGUUCCAGGCUUUCUUCUCCGAUGGCACGCUGAACGAGGAAGAGCUGGAGAAGCUGUUCCACACCAUCGACUCUGAUAACACCAGUAAUGUUGACACUAAGGAACUCUGUGACUACUUUGCCAAGCACAUGGGGGACUACGAGGGAGUUCUGGCCUCGCUGGAGACGCUUAACCUUUCCAUCCUCAAAGCCAUGGACUUCACCAAGAAGGUUUAUGAGAGAGGAACCAACGUGGAGCAGUUUGUGACCCGUUUCCUGCUAAAGGAAUCAGCCAAUCAGAUCCAGUCCCUCUUGAGCUCUGUGGAGAGUGCCGUGGACGCAAUUGACGAACAGCACAGCCAAUCAGGUCAUGCACCUGCCAAGGUGAGUCCACGGGUGCCGGAGAGGCGCCCUGACAGCACCGUCCCCGACUACCCCCCUAACAACAGAGUCAGCGCUAGGGAGGCUGUCAGGACCAUCAACACUGCCUCAGGUGCAGUGGAGGUUAGGAAAGAAGGUCUGGAUGCUCAGAUCAGCCGCCUGGCUGACCUAAUCGGACGACUGGAGAACAAGACGGUCUGGUUGGACCUGCACCAGAGGCUAACAGACACAGAUGGCACCACCAGCGCAUCCUUGCUGCUGAUUCGUCAGGAGAUGGUGGUCUCCCAGAAGAAACUUGGCGAGUUUUGUGAGGCUCUGAAGCAGUACCUGAAGAAUGUCUCCGCUCAGAGAGACUGCUUUCAUGUGACUGCAGUGCGUCUGCCGGACGGUUUAUCCUUUGUCGUCUAUGAGUUCUGGGAUGGAGAGGAGGAGUGGAAGAGGCACCUCCAGUCGGCCCCCAAUAAAGCCUUUCAGCAUGUGAAGGUGGAUACACUGUGCAAGCCGGAGGCUAUGUCCUCUGUAGCUGUGCCAGCCGCCUGGUGCAGUGUGAACAGGGACUGA